AAUAUAUCAAAAAUAAAAUGGGAAAUUGCUGAGCCGGUGAAGACGAUAGUAAACAAACUAAUAUGCUCAAGAAGAAGUCUAAAGGCAAGUCCUCUAAUGGACCUAAGAAAGGAAGAACCCUCACUCAAGAUGAAUUCGAUCAAUUCAAGCAAGAAGUCAAGGAUGAUGAGAUCGAUGAUUUAUGGAGCAACCCAGGAGAUUGGGAAACUGAUGAUGACUCUGACUCAGAUGAAUUUAAUAAAGACUUGGUUGACCUAGAUAAGAAGGGAAAUACAAAGAGCCUUUUUAGAUCAAAUUUCAUGGAUAAGCUUCAUGAAUACCUUGCUGAUGAUGUUUUAGCAAAGCAUGGGGAACUGGGUCCAUUCCAAUAUAGAAAGAAAGAUUAUAACGCGAUGAAGCUUGAUGAAGGCAAGCUGGAAGUCAGAAAUCCUACUAAACUUGAAGAUGACUCCUAUUAUUUUGGCCAAUGGAUCCAAGGAACUGAUGAGAGAUGUGGAAGAGGCUUCCAAGUUACUGAAGAGGGUGAGCUCUAUGAAGGCUUCUGGAAUAAAAACAAGAAAAAUGGGAAAGGCAGAACUCUCUUCAUCAACAGAGAUGUCUUCCAAGGAACUUACAAGAAUGGCCAGCCUGAAGGAUAUGGCUGCUUCGUUAAAGACAAAGAUGUAAAGACUAAAGGUUAUUAUAAGAAAGACAAGCUCAAUGGUAAAGGAUUCGAAAUGCUCCCAGAUGGGACUACUUACAGAGGAGAUUUUAAGAAUGGAGAAAAGGAAGGAGAAGGAACUUUCAAAUGGGAAGGAGGCCAAUCUUACACAGGAGAAGUAAUAAAUGGCAAGCUACAAGGAAAAGGAACUUAUACCUGGACUGAUGGAAGAACCUACACAGGAGAUUUCAAAGAUAGUAAGAUGGAUGGGGAAGGAAUUUUCAAGUUUUCAGAUGGAAAGCAAUACGAAGGAGAGUAUAAAAAUGAUAAAAAGCAUGGUCACGGAGUUUAUACCUGGCCUGAAGGAAAGAAGUAUGACGGAGGAUGGAAAAAUGGCAAGCAGCAUGGAGAAGGUAUCUACACUACUAAAGAAGGAAAAGUUAAAAAAGGACUUUGGGAAGAUGGAGAGAAGAUAAAGUGGAUAUCAUAA